AGCUCAUCUUUAUUGCAGUCGCCGCAGAUGCGCGGCUAUUAUAUCGCGGCGAGGAGUCGUGGUCGGUACUGUGUGGAUAAAAGCGGAUAAAAGGCUUUUUAAAAAAAACAUUAACCAAACUAGACGGUAAAAGAAUGCGACUUCUGCUGGCGCUCCUGCUCGCUGCCGUCUGGGUCCCCGGCACACUUUCGCAGGACUGGAGUCCUCCAGACGACCAGGAUGCAUCGGGAGAUGACCUGGAAACCUCCGGCUCUGGCUCAGGCGACGAUGAUCUCAUGGGAUUCAGUCUCACUCUCCCAUCAACACCCUCCUCGGUCACCACACGCGUUUCUACGACAACAGAGCGGAAUCGAGUACCCAUGCGUGAUCCAGUAAGGGCAGUGACCUCCCAGGCUUCGCCCACCACUGCAGCAGGUGGUGUGGUAACCAGCCACUGGACUGCAGGACCUCCAGCAGAGGGGGGUGUGGUGACUGAGGACCGCCUUCAUGGACAGACCACUUCAGCCAGUCCCGAUGCCCACGAAGAACACUCCACGUCCCUCCCCACGAAGGCCCAGCCACGAGCUGGUAUGGGCAUCCAUAAUCAGACUGCCGCUACUCCAUCCCACUCGACGACCAUCUCAACCACGACCGUUGUAAUGCACGUGAACACCACAGCGGUGAUAGAGAGGCUUCCAGUCGUGCCUGAAUCUGAGCACACGUCCACCAAGAAGACCCAGCCAGCCCCGACUCCAGUGGCACCCGCUCAGGAUAAGAUCCCCAGUGUCACUCGGCAUGUCCCUACAUCGGGCUCUCCGGCCACCACUCCGACUUUGCUCCCGACGGUGCCUGAGGAGCCGAUUAUAAAAGGGGGCAGGAGUCAUGUUGUGGGCAGUGAGCCAGAGAAAGAUACUGACAUCGUCAUUGACGAGGAUCUUACGCAGCAGCAGUUCCAGGAGACCGGGCAGAGCCAGUCGCUGCUGGACAGGAAGGAGGUCCUUGCCGGUGUGAUUUCUGGAGGCGUGGUGGGCUUGGCCUUCGCCGUCCUCUUGGUAUCCCUCAUGGUCUACCGCAUGAAGAAGAAGGAUGAGGGCAGUUAUUCUCUGGAUGAACACAGCCACCCCAACGUCGGCUACCAGCGGCCGCAGGGCCAGGAGGAGUUCCUGGCAUAAGGCCUCAGCGUGGCCUGCCUCACCCCCACCCAUGCCCCCCCGGUCCUACAUAUGCCCCAUAAUGUCACGCUUUUGCCUUUUCUCGUGGUGGGAUUCCUCACUUAAGAGAUGUUGGUUGGGUUUGUCACUUAAGAGGUGUUGGUGGUUUUGCCUUUUUGACAGGUGGGGGGAGGGGGGUCCAUCUCUCUUCGGCUGUGUAGAACGUCUCAGCCUUGUCCUACAUUCACUGACGAUCAGACUGCAUUUCUGUACCAACUGUAACUCCUUUUGUUUUCUGCAAAAUGUCAUGCAGUGCUGGAGGUUGAACUGUGUGCCCGCCCCCCCAAGUGCUGGACAAGAUCACACACUGAUAGAGCAGUUCUGUUUGUGAUUGUGCCUGCUGAUAAUUUUUUAAUUUUUUUUAUCCUCUUUCAUUUUCUGGGGGGGGGGGGGUGUAUUCGCAAAGAUGUAGGUUUGAUGAUCGUCGUUCAUACCACCACGUUGGGCUCCUCUCGCCAAGCUUGCCCUGUCCUUUAGCACAGGCGUGUCUAUCCUUAUCUUCCAUGCCCACAUGGGAAUGUCUGGCAGGCAUUGUGUCUUUGCUCAUUCUAAGAUGGCCUUGGUGUGGCUGUCUUAAGGAUCUUACUGGUUUUCUGGGUGGGGGGUGAGGGGGGUGUGUCCAUGUGCUCUGUGGGACAUUAACCUGUAUGUUCGUCUGCUGAGCAGCUUCUCUUCAGCUGAUUGUUGUUUUAGGAAUGAAGAGGCUCUGUCUCUCUGUCUGUCUGUCUCUCUCUGUCUGUCUCUUGUUUGUGUUUUGCUGUACAGCUCUUCUAUCAGAUUUUCGGUUUGGCCCCCCCCCAGGCUGUCUGCCGAUGUCUUUUUGCUUCGCAGCCUCUAAGACCUGGAGCCGGAUCCAUGUCUCUGGGACGUCACAAAGCACACUUUGUCUGACUAACAAGGCGACAUCGCCCCCCACGCCUCUUCCGGAGGACUGGAAUAGUUGCUGCUCUUGUUCGUUCUGCGUUCGGUGAUGAAUGGCGGCGGACCAAACGGAACGGAACCGCUCCGAGCCAGAGCGUCACGGAAACCGCAGAUUGGUGGACAGAUGUGGAGUGUGCUGUUCUCACGGCAACAAGCUGCCAGUCUGUAGCUGGCAAACAGUCGGUCCCAAUAAGAAUCAGUCUGACACCAAGUCUGACUAAAAGUUUUUUUUCUUUUUGGAUGUUAUUUGCGAAUCACCAGUGACCUAUGGUCCUAAGUACUCGGUAACGUGAACUGACCACGUCACAAUCCACCAAUCACGGUCUGCACCAAGAUCAGUGACGCCAGCUGUGGCACAGUAGGGCUAUGAGCACAUCGCGAUGGCACUGUGAAUCGUGAAGAGUGUUAGCACAGCUAUGCCAGUCGCUCUGCCGGAACGCAAAGCGUUGUUGCGGGGUGUAAGCGCGCCGUGCAGAAAGAAAGAUUCACUGUAGGCCUACGGGCCCCUGGGAGUCAACAAGCAUUUUUUUUUUUUUUUUUUUUUUUUUUUUUUAUAUAAUUCAAAUGUGUAUGUUUUGAUAUAUUUUUUUUUUUUUCUGUAUUUGAUAUUUGUGGCCCAUUUCUUAAGCACUGGGAAAUCGCUGAUAGCCACACCCCCUGCCGACUGUCCCUGAGUGUCUGGGGAACUUUUGCGUUCUGUACCUGCGGUAUAGUUUCUCUGCAUUGGUCUCCCAGACUCCCAAAAAUUCAGUUUUCUGCUGUACAAUGGAGGAAAUCAAUAUGUUUAUAUACAUUUUUUUCCCCUUUUCCUUCUUUGGGGAAUUUGUACCAUUUUUUUUUUCUAUUUAUUUACCCUUGAGUUUGUUGGUCGACUUGCAAUAAAUAUGAACUUUAUCACCAAGAAA